AUGCCGUCGAAUGCGACAUCAGGCGCCGGCGACAGCGCCACGCUGCCCUCGUUCUACUCCCCCCGAACCGCGGCCGCCGACACUCCCCAGAGCCGUGAUGGCCAGCCCAUCGACGAGCUUUCGCUGCCCCCCAGUCAUGCCAGCGCCUCAUCGGCCUCGCUGCCGCCCCCGCCAUCGCUGCUAUCGCCGGCCUUCACUCCCCCGGCCACCCCCGGAAACCAGACUCCAACCACGGCCGGACUGCGAGGAAUUCCAGUCGACAGCUCGAUUCCGUCUGGCGGAUGCGGCAGCAAGAAGCCCCGGCUGCUGGAAACGCUGCCCGAGGUCAAUUGCGUUGUCCGGGCCCGCAUCCCCACCGUCAACGGAACCGAAAUGUUCCUCCACCUGUACACCAACAACGUCGACAACAAGGAGCAUCUGGCCAUUGUUUUCGGCAAUGACAUCCGGAGCAAGUCGCUGGACGAGCCCCGCGAGGGCGAGACCGAAAUGGACCGCAUGAUUCGAGGCGCCUAUACAGGCCGGCUGUUCCCAGGCCGCACAACGAGUGGCAUGGGCACUCCUUCAUCCGAGUCUCAGCAGGAGCAGAACCAGCCCCAGAACCCGCCGCUGGUGCGGAUACACUCAGAGUGCUACACUGGAGAGACUGCGUGGUCGGCGCGAUGCGACUGCGGCGAGCAGCUUGACGAGGCCGCACGACUAAUGGCCUUACCCGGCAACAAAGCUGGCGGCAUCAUCAUAUAUUUGCGGCAAGAGGGCCGUGGUAUUGGGCUUGGUGAAAAGCUAAAGGCUUAUAACUUGCAAGAUCUCGGAUCCGAUACUGUCGAGGCGAAUCUGCUACUGCGACACCCGGCUGAUGCGCGAAGCUACGGAUUAGCCACUGCCAUGCUCAUGGAUCUGGGCCAGACAGACGUGCGCUUGUUAACCAACAACCCUGACAAGGUUCGUGCCGUUGAGGGGCCAAACCGAGAGGUUGUCGUCAAGGAGCGAGUGGCCAUGGUGCCGUUGUCAUGGAAAGGAAAGGGUGGAUUCCGAAGCCAGGAAGUAGAAGGCUAUUUGAAGACAAAGAUUGAAAAGAUGGGCCAUAUGUUGGACAUGGGAUCAUUCCCUCACUAA